AUGGCGAGCAAACAGGCACUAAAACGGUUGACCAAAGAAUAUAAGCUUCUUGUGGAAAAUCCACCUCCUUACAUAUCUGCUAGACCAAAUGAAGAUAACAUAUUAGAAUGGCAUUAUGUCAUUACUGGUCCACCUGAAACACCAUAUGAAGGUGGUCAAUACCAUGGUACCCUAACAUUCCCUUCUGAUUAUCCUUAUAAACCACCUGCCAUCCGUAUGAUUACUCCAAAUGGUAGAUUUAAAGAGAAUACUAGAUUAUGUCUUUCCAUGAGUGAUUACCAUCCAGAUUUGUGGAACCCUAGUUGGUCUGUUGCAACUAUUUUGACUGGUCUACUAAGUUUCAUGACAGGUGAGGAAGGAACUACUGGGUCAAUUAGUACAACAGAACUACAAAAGAAAGUUUUAGCUAGAAGAUCAAUAGAAUAUAACACACAUUCAAAUAGAAGAUUUAAAACUGUUUUUCCAGAGUUGGUAGAGGAAAAUCUAAAAGUGCUAGAAAAAAGAAGUAACGAGAAAUCAAACGAUGAUGACAUUGAAGCUGUUGCCGCUGCAAGAGGUGUAGAUCCUCUUAUUCAAGCCUCUAAGGAAAAGGUAAUUAAUAUAACAGAUAUUGAAGAUCCGGAAGAUCGUAUACGUGCCGAAGAAGCUUUACGUGAACAAAAUGAUAAGAAUUCAAGAAAGGAUCAACAAUCAUCAUCAAUAUAUUAUAUUGGUUUUGCGUUAUUGAUCGUUCUAUUCGGAAUUUUCAUGAAAUAG